AUGUGGUUUAGGCGAAGCAAAUCAAGGAUUCGACUGCACAACGCAUCGUCCCCCAAAUUCACUUGCUCUUCCUUCAAAGAUUUACGGCUUCUACUCUCUGAAGAAGACAGCAAUUGCAGCAACAAUAAAAUCAGCACCGGUGACGGGGACAUUGCCCUUGAUUCACCUACCCCAUACAUCAGGAAGCCCUCCAUUUGUCAUAGGGUUCGCAGCGCCAAUUUCCUCCUCCGGACCCUAUCUUUACCGCCAGACCAUCAGGAAUCCAAACCUUACCGGGAGGAUGUUCAGGUUCCGGUCCCAUUGUCGGAAAAUGUAGCUGCAGAUGUGAAAUCGGAGUCAGUGAUUAGGAUCCCGAGGGCGGAGAAUACUAUAGUGGUGUACUUUACGAGCCUGCGGGUUGUUCGCCACACAUUCGAGGACUGCAAGACCGUCCUAACGAUCCUUGGCGCCUUCCGUGUGUUUGUUGACGAGAGGGAUGUUUCCAUGGACACGGUUUACAUUGAGGAGCUGCAAAGGAUCUUUGGGGAAUCUGACAAGUCCAAAUUAAACCUCCCUCGAGUCUUCAUCGGUGGCAGCUACAUUGGGGGUGCUGAGGAGGUACGGCAGCUCCAUGAGAGCGGCGAGCUCAAAAAGUACCUACAGGGUCUCCUACCGGCGGACGCAUGUGUGUGCGAGGCGUGUGGCGGGUACAGAUUCAUCCUUUGCCAAGAUUGCUAUGGAAGCCACAAGUAUUACAGCGAGAAAUGUGGCUUUAAGAGUUGUACUUCUUGCAAUGAGAAUGGUCUCGUCAGGUGCCCAUCUUGUUCUUGUGCAUCUUUCUGA